AUGCCGAUAUUUCAUGAUCCUCAUGACAGUCCGCCCUGGCGGACUGCGUCCCUUCAGACAUCGACAGAUGAGCUUCCCAAAGAACCGACAAAUUCCAGCGAGGACGCCUCGUCGUUAGGUAGCUUGUCUCUAGAGAGUAUACUGGGUUCCAGUGCGACACACGAGCCUGUCAGCCAGGAGGCUCGACCGACCUCGCGAGACCGUAACGGACUUAUCGAAAGGAUCAAGCGAGUGAAGAGCCCUCUGUGGCAGUUCCGCCAGGAUAUUAGCAACCACACCGACCGUAGCCUGCAGUGCUCACGACCACCCUCUCGAGAUCGGCCAAAGACGCCUACGUCACCUUCCAAGGAUCUUCACGAAUCACGCACAUCCGCUCCUGACCAGAUCUUCGACCAAGCAUCAGCAGGGCUGGAGAUUGCACGACCUCGCUCGGCCCUACACUCUGGAGACUUCCGGGAGCGUGAAGGUGGCGCAGAGGCAAAUGAUUCAUCUUCUUCUACCUUCCUGGCCACCUCGCCAAGCGUCCCGUGGAACCGAUCAUUCCCUGCUGCUGCAGUGUCACCAUCCCGGAACGCUGCGCUGUACGCGUUUAAUGAUGCCCUCAACUACGAUGUAUCGCGCGCUCGAGCAAUCUCACAGUCGCCCUCGGCCUCGUUCACGUUCCUGCCCCCAACCAGCCCGUUGGUACAGCAGAUCAACAACACGGAUCUUGACACCAGCUCGCGACCGAGCUCUAGAAGAGGCUCAAGAAGUCCGGAGCGUAGCAGCCGGCGGCAUACCUUUUCUCCGGACUGUUUCGAACAAUAUCAGACAACACAAACGGCAAGGUCUGCAGCCGGUACUCCUGCAGCCAGACGUCUGCGACGUGGACGAACCGUUGCCUACCAAGCACAUCAACCUAGGCGAUCGGUCACAUCUCUUAGCCAGUUCGAACCGCACUCUAGCCCGCAAACACCAUUUGCCGCUCGCAGGCCCUCCAUCUCGGAUGUCUCGCCCUUACAACAUGCACCCAUGGUAGGCUCGUAUGAGGAAUCGAUACUUCGUGGUCGAAUGUCAACGACACCAUCGCGACCCUUGGACUUCGUCGCUAAGAUCGGCGUACUCGGCAGGGGGCAAUGUAAAUCCAGCCUCAAAUGUCCUCCACAUGUCACGGUUCCCUUUCCAGCUGUAUUUUACAGCUACAAUACAGGAAAUGGCAAGAUCUCUGACAAUGAGCCAAGUCCUUACGUUGGUCUUAUCGACCUUGAGCAUUCUCUGGCCCCGCCUGUCGAAGUCCAUGAUAACAGUAAGCGCAAAAGGCGAGCGGCUGCUCAGACUGCUGAUCAAGAGAGUCUCGACUUCCGGCUGCGAUUGGACGAUGAGCACGCUGGAGAGAAUGGGACUGCGGAGUUGCGGCGCAAAGAAAAGAGAAAACGAAGGUCGACCUCACCCAAGGCCCCGCCAGGUGGCUGCUACCGUAUCCCAGCGGAAGGCCAGCUUCAAAUUGUACUCAAGAAUCCUAACAGGACUGCGGUGAAACUGUUCCUUGUGCCAUAUGAUAUUUCAGAUAUGGAGCCUGGUCAAAAGACAUUCAUACGCCAGCGUAGCUACUCGGCCGGACCUAUCAUCGACAUGCCCCUGUCAUCGCGUAAGAAUUUGGGGACAGACCGUCCUGAAGCUGCACUGAGCAAUUCAGAUGAUCCAAGAGAUCGCCCGAUACUGCGAUACCUAGUGCACCUGCACAUCUGCUGCACUGGAAAGGGCCGCUACUACUUGUACAAGAGCGUUCGCGUGGUCUUUGCGAAUCGAGUACCUGACGGGAAGGAGAAACUGCGCAACGAGAUCCAGCAGCCUGAGCCGAAGUACAGCACCUAUAAAUCAUCUCGCGAAUCGACGAUCGCGCUGCCACCGAAUGCCUUGACUAUCGCUGAGAGAGCUUGCAGACGCCAGAGUGCCGCUUGGCCGCUUUCUAGCUCACAGCAAAUAUACGAUCAGAUGGAUGGUCUGGCACAAAAUCCUGAGCUACCUCCGCCUGCCGUACGUUUCACUGGGGGCUCGCGAAUUACAUCAACACCGGGCGACUAUGGCUCAAGCAUUCCCCUUAUACAGCCUAUACCCUUCAACCUUACACGCUUGGCCUCGAUCGAGUCGCGUCCGGUAUCGCGCGAGCAAAUGGACAUCGAUACAAAGAAACCCUUCAGAUCGCCGAUCGCAUCGCCCCCGCCUGGUUUCGGACAUACGACUAUCCACCAGGAGGCGACCUUCCAGAAGCUCAACAGAGGCGAUGUUGGCUAUGGAGGCAACGCCUUCUCUCCUCUGGGCAGCCCGGCUUCGCCGCCGGCUGCUGGUCUGCUGGCACAGCGUCUGCGCAGUCUCGAGGUGCAGCCUGACGAUGACGCGAGCUGA